AUUGUUCCCUUUAACCAUCGUACACCUACUCAACCAGGAAGAAUAUGUUAUUAAAAUCUCUCCAUUGACACAAGAGUAUUACAAAUUUCGAGAUGCCAUGUCUCUCAAGAUAACGAUCACAUCAAAGCACACACUUCACCUCAUCAACCGUUACACUCAUAUUGAAGUGUACUUUACUGGUCCUACCCAGCACUGUCCAUUAGUACGUAAGCUACUCACAACAGCUAUUGAUAAUAGCAGUGAUGCCAUGCACCUCAAGCAUAAUUAUGUCAAUGCAUUUGCUUGCCCUAACAAUGAGAGCUGCUAUUGUAUUGUAAAUGAAGAUCACCAUAGAGUAGCUGAUUGUACAGUUUGUGGUCAAUCUCCUGAUAUUAGCAAUGACUACUGGACCUGGUUUAAUGAUGCACAAGGACCUGAUGAGAGUAAUAAUGGAACACAAAUAGAGAAAGAUAAUGAUCAGUCACUAAAUAAAAUAAAGAAAAAGCUUGAAAUUGUACUCAGAGAAAAUCAAGUUACUUUGCACGAUAUAUUCAUGGAAACACAAGACACACUUAAGGGCAUUGCCAGAGCAUUGAAUGCUGUAAAUAUUGUAGACAAAGCUGUUCAAAAAGAACCUACAUAUGAGUCAAUCAUUGGAUCUUUUAUUAAUGGAAUGAAGUUAAAAGAUAACUAUUCUGAUAUUGAAGAACAUUGUGUAAAGUUUUUGACAGCUUUGUCUGGUGUUGGAGGCCCAGUAGCUGAGGCUAGUGAUAUGAUAAAGAAGAAAUGGAUGAGCAUAUGUACUACUGUAGGACUCAACAUUACAUUUGAAGGAAAUGCUUCAAAAAUGGAUGAUAUGCCUUCAGCUGCUAAUGCAGUGCAAAUGAAAGGUCAUGCAUCAGAUGAAAACCUCCUGUUAGACAAGAAGCCUGAAAAGAGUGACCUCCUUAGGUUAUUCAAAAGUUCUGCUGCUCAUUAUAUGAUCAUUGGUACUGCACUUGAUGUUGAAGUGGAUGACCUCUCACACAAUCCAGAAGUUACUACUAUCAAUCUCAUUAAAGUAUUUAAAAAAUGGCUACACUCCAAUAAUGAUGUGACCUGGAGAAAUAUUGUACAAGUUUGUGAAGAUUAUCCAGAUGAACUUGAAAGAGCAAAAGCUAAUGUGCAAGAAUUUCUUUUAUCAGACAGGGCCCAUGCUAAAUAUCUAAAAUAAAUGUACAUUGCCUGCAACUCUUGACUCAUAAUGCAUGCACACGUAGAAAUCCUUUUUAAAGGUACAUGUUUUAUAAUUAUUAACAAUUUAUUCUCAUGAGUUCAUGGAUGCACAUUCAUUAUGGC